AAUUGUAAGUUGAUGAACGAAUAGUAUUUUAUACAUUAUUGUUAUUGGAUUAGAAUUUAUUUAUAAUUACUAUAUUAUCCAUAUUUUUAAGUAAAAUUACUAUAAUGCCCCUUACCCUAAUUUUGGCAUACCCUUCCCCCCAUUCCCCCUUCAUGCUGUGCAGCCUCAAACCCCCUUCUUCACUGUCCUUGCUGCGCAGCCUUUAUGCUGAACACCCACACCCACACUCUUCUUUGAGAAACGCAUCACACACACACCCACAAAGCACAGUUGGCCGAGGGAGGAGAAUCGCACCGGCGCGUCGGUCUUCACCACCGCCGUCGCGCUGGGCCGUUGUACUCCACGCUGUGCCGUUGCCGCUGCACACCGAGGGAAGAGAGAUCGAGAACAGAGCUGCAAUUGGAGGGGAAGAGACUGACGGGAAGGGCCUCGCGAGGAGCGUUCACGCCGUGCCGCCGCCAGCGCUGGGGUCUGACGCCGCCUGUCACCGUCGGGAGCUUCCUUGCCGUUGCCACAGAAGUUGCCUUUGCCGGCGCCGUUGGAGGCGCGAACGGAAGAACGCCGUUGAGAAGGAAAAUGUGAGCUGCGAGCCACGGGCUGAGGAGAAGCUCCACCCUCGUUGUCGCUGGAGGAGUUCUGUGCGUUGCCGUCGAGGGUUACCGCGGGUGGGGAGAAGACGCCGCCGCCUCACGCCGCUGUCACCAUCUGAGCUCGCUGCUGCUGAUUAUGGUAAGCCCAAACCGUCGCCGGCAAAGGGAUUCAGGCCACCACAGGUGUUGCUGCCGGAAAAGGGAACUGCAUCUCCAUAAUUCUGGCCGCCGGGAGAGGUUCUGUGACCUCUGGAAGCACCGCCAGAGUUCCGGACUCAGCUUCUGCAACUCGAGACCCUGCUGCCGUCGCCGGAAAAGUUUGCCGAUAAGGGUUUUAUUUGAGGUUUCUGUCCUUUUUGAGUUCUGAGAAUAUCGUACUCACUGCGUGUUGGUUUCAGUUGGCGCGAUCUGAAAUUGUCGUCGCUGUCGCUUGAGGUGGCUGCCGCGUUGCCGCUGAACCAGUUCGGAGACCGCCGCUGUUUCGGUUCAGCCGCUCCUUCUUCGGUUCGGUAAGCGUUUCAAUUUGAAAGCCCUUUCGUUAUUAUUCUAUUAUCUCACGCUGAGGUUUGUGGCGUUAAUUGCUAUAAGAUUGAGUUCGGUUUUUGUAUAUUGCGAUUAGAGUUGUUGAGACUGUUGCGAAAGUGGCUUGGAGUUGAGGUUUUGGUUGCCGUCAGUUCGAUUUGAGGUGGAAAGGACUUGAUGAGUCAUCUGGGUUAUGGAAUUGCGUUUUGAGGAUAUGGGCGCAGAAGUCAUGAAGAGUUUAUUUAAUUGUUGUUGAGAUGCUCUGUAUUGCUUUAGAUUAUUAUUUUUGUACCCUCGCCUUUACCUUGAUAUAUUCUGUAAGAGGGAUAGGAAUUGUAUUGGGUAAUGUUUGUAGUAUUAUUUAUAUAUAUGUAUGUAUAUAUAUAUAUGGAUGUACUCUUGAUGAGCUUUUGUAAGUUGUAUGGUAUCUAUGGAUGUACGUUAUCGAAUGAAAGUAAAUUUUGGAGCAGUAUUGCGAUUUAAAGUUUUAAACAGGCUCAUAUUUUAGUAUUAAAUAGUAUAAGUGUCGUCGUAAUGUCCGAGCUAUCAGAGUUGUGCAGCCGGAAGCGUGAGCUUUGGUAGUUAGGGUGUUAUAACUAUAGUGAUAUCUACGUCAUUUCCAACGCUGAGUCAACUGUUGCACAUGGCCUGGUCCGGUCCAAAGACCCGGCCCGAUCCCGAACACUUUAGGGGCUAAUUUGGUGUGAUUUCACCGGGUUUAGGGCCGGGUAAGGGUCACAAAAAUAGACCCGGUCAUUAAUUCGGGUCGGGUCCGGGCCAUAGCUCCGGUCACGCGAAGUCGGUUCGAUGGCCCGGUCAUCAUGCACAAUUAAUAUUCUGUGUUAUUAGUGAUGGAUCAUGGCUAUUCUU